AUGAAGGUCAUUGUUGCUUUAAGUACACUUGCUUGUGUAGCCAAUGCCUUUCCUUGGAAUUUUCCUGAAAUGACAGCCAAUGCCAUUACUUUCUUUGAUUCUUCUUUUCUGAAAGGAAAUGAUGAUAGUCAAAGUAGAGUAAUUAAAUUGGGACCUGAUGAAUACAAAAUUGUUUCUGAAAAUGAAAAAUUAAACUUGAAGAGAAACAACAUUAACUUCAUUGAUGUUACCAAUCAAAUUCCAAUUGAAGUUGCCUUUGAACAAGGAUUGGUUGAAAAAGCCGGUGCUCCUUCUUCUCUUUGGCGUAAAUUGCAAUUGAUUGGUUCGAAGCAAAUCACCACCUUAAAGAAAACUCCACCUGUUUACAAUUAUCCAAAAUCACCAAAUUUCAAUAAAGAAAUUACAAGCAUCUAUAAGAACAUUGAUAUCGACUUGGUUAGAGAGAACUUGGAAAAAUUUAGUUCAUUUUAUACCAGAUAUUACAAAUCUGAAUCUGGUGAACAAAGUGCCAAUUGGUUACAUUCAACUCUUACCAAUAUUACUGCUCCUGUCAAAGAAAAUGUCACAAUCACCAAAAUUCAUCAUGAUGGAUGGGAUCAAUACUCCAUUAUUGUUUCAAUCCCAGGUGAAGUCACUGAUAAAGUCGUUGUUGGCGCACAUCAAGAUUCAAUCAACUUGCUCUUGCCUAAUUUGAUGAGAGCACCAGGUGCUGAUGAUGAUAGAUCUGGUACUGUAACUACUUUAGAAGCUUUCCGUUUGAUCAUUGAAGCAUACAAUAAGGGUACAUUUAAACCAUACAAUACUUUAGAGUUCCAUUGGUAUUCUGCAGAAGAAGGUGGUUUGUUAGGUUCAGUUGAUGUAUUCCUGAGAUAUUCUGCCAAGAAUGAAGUUGUUGUUGCAAUGUUACAACAAGAUAUGACUGGUUAUACUCAAGGUUCAAUUGACCAAGAGGUUGAACCUCAUUUUGGGUUGAUUACAGAUUAUACUAGUGUCCAUUUGAAUGAUUUCUUGAAAAUGAUUAUCAAGGCUUAUAAUUCAAUCCCAUAUCAUGAAAGUGUUUGUUCUUACGCUUGUCUGGAUCAUGCAAGUGCUUUGGAAAAUGGUUACCCAUCUGCUUUUAUUAUUGAAAGUGAAAUGAAGUAUACCAACAAGUAUAUUCACUCCGUACUUGAUACUGUCGAUAGAUUAGAUUUUGACCACAUUAACGAACAUAUUAAGUUGACUAUUGCUUAUGCUUAUGAAUUGAGUUUAGCAACCAGUUUGCAUUAA